CAUACGUACGUGGCGCUGCCUGUCUCGAACUUUUGGCGAUGCUGUACACUGUUCAUGUCCUACACAAUCACACUUUAUGCAUGGAUAGGGCCCCUACACAUAUAGAGAGCGCCUCUGUAAACUUGGCAACAUCGCAAUUUUUCAGUAUAUAGUAGCGUUCAACGUGAAAGUGUCAGAGUUCUGUAAAGUUAUAUUUGUUUUGUGAAAAAAAAAUCUUGAUAAUGGCAACCCAAACGCGAUUCAAGGGUCAGUUUGUGAAGAAAAAAGUGCUCGAUAAAAAACUAAAGGCAGUUUCCGCCAUGUGUCGAGCGAAUGCCGCUAAACGAGAGGACAGUGGACAUAACCUCCAUGAUCGGCAACAAGAAUUUGCUGUCGAAGGGCGCCGAAUCGUCGAUUUAGAAUAUCUGGCCCAACAAUUGAAGUGUAUUCGCUGCAAAAAAGAUAUUUUAUUGAGGAAAGCGGUGAAAGAAACGCGAAUGGGAUUGAACUCAAUUCUGCACAUUGCCUGCGACGAGUGUUGUUCUAUAACCCAAGUACGCACAGGCAAAACACACGUAACGUUGGAAAAUAAGACGCACGCUGAUGUGAAUACAAAAGCUGUAUUGGGUGCAGUUCAUUCUGGCAUUGGAGAAACGGCGUUGAACAAAUUGUUGAAUUGUUUAAACAUCCCAACCAUCGGGUCCCAUGUUUUUAAAAAAUAUGAAAGAGAAAUUGGACCAGCAUUGGAAGCUGCUGCGAAAGAUUCCUGCCGUAGAGCUGCUGAAGAGGAAAAGAAAUUAGUUAUAGAGAAUAUGGAAAGAUUGUGCCAGGAAUUGUAAGUUUUCACAACAAUCUAAUAUUUCUAUAACAAUCCUACAUCCCAGUGGAUAAGACUGAGACGGCGCAAGAGCUCUCACUAGCAUCUGAGUUCAUUCGCAGUAUCACCUUUGCAUACU